GGGUCAAAAAGGCGUUAUAUGUGACAUGUUGUUAAAACCGACAUCACAACGUAAUUUGUCAUUCAAAACCCUGUAAUUUGAGGUGCUACAUGAUAAGAUUCGACAUAUCAGGCAAAUAAUAAACGAUAAUGUGUCCAAAGGGCGUUAUACAUGACAUGGCGUUAAAACAGACACCGCAACGUAAUUCAUCAUUCAAAAUCCUUUAAUUUGAUGGGUCACACAUUGAUUUCUGAUUAUCCGUUCCGAAGAUACAUGGUACAUUGCCAUAACGGCCUAAGGGAUAACUUGGUUGAGCUGUAAAUGCUUAUUUAUUGUUAUUGACGUUAAAACAAAGCCAUUAGCAUAGAAAAAUCUCGUAUCGCAGUUUGAUCUCUAGCAAAUCCUAAUUCGCUCAAUUUUGCACCAAGUGCUCCGUGCAAUAUAUCAUUAGAAAGGUCUUUUCAUACAUAUUAAGAAAAUCACUGACCAAGUGUGUUACGGUCAUUAUUUAUGGCUGAAAACGACAAAAAACUACAAAUUCUCAAUGUACUAUAUUGACACAAAAUGUACUUAUAUGGUACAAAAAAAAGGCCUUAUACAGAACAUUGUGUUAAAACAGACAUCACAACGUAAUUCGUCAUUCAAAAUCCUUUAAUUUGAUGGGUCAUACAUUGAUUUCUGAUUAUCCGUUCCAAAGAUACAAAUAUUUGUACAAAAUUAUGAAAAAUCGAAUAAUUUGAAAUAUUUACAAAAAUAUUUUAAGUUGUUUGUUAACAUGCCGGGUGUGUAUGGUUGAUAAGAAAAGAGUGCAGACGUUAUUUUUGUUAAUAUUAACCUCCAAAGAUAUGACAAGCCACAAUGCUAAAAGUCCGGAUGUAGUCGGAUGAGAACAUGUAACCGCAGUUGUUAUUUGUGUAAAUGUUAUCACAUAUUUUUAAAACUAUAAGGUCUUGUUUUUGCAAAACACAUUCAAACAUUUGAUCACGUUCAUGCUGUGUGAAUUUCGCCUAUAAAUACUGAAACAGACGAGCAUAUACCACAGUCGACAUCUGACAGUUUCUACAGUAUAGUUGCAGUGUUCAGUGGAAAAUAUUCAAUUAAGAUAUUCCUAGCGUUCAGACGUGUGCUCUGGUGAGUUUUAUAUAGUUCAGAAGUGUGCUUUGGUGAGUGAUAUAUUUUAAAAAAUUUUUGAUUUUUUGAAAAUUUGUGGUUUUUAUCACAAUUUGUAGUUUUUUUUUUUCUGAAAAUUUAUUUUUGAGUUUUUUUGUUAAUUCUCUAGUUUUACGAAAAUUUUACAUUUUAAUUUAGCUUUGAAUUUGCUUAAAAUGUCUUUAAUUGCUGAUUUAAUUGUUAAAAUCGCAUCCAUCUUGGGAUUAAUCCCAAACAAUUAUAAUGAUGAAAAGAUACGAGAAGGCCUCAUGAAAUGUAAUAAGGCAAUCAAAAAUAUCAGGGACUCUAUGAGAUAUGCUAAGACAAUGGGGGAGAAACAGCAUUUGGAAGCCCAGAUGCGGCAAGUGAAAACGCUACGAAAUCAGUUAAAGGUCGAACAAAAGAAGGGGGCGGGACUGACACCUACAAAGGAGACUGCAAAGCAUAGGGUACAAUGGGAUGACUCUUUAUCUGCGUUCAACUCACGAAUUCGGACUGGGGUCAUCUCAAACCUUAAACACAAGGACCCUGGCAGUUUUCUAGUGGAUUGCAAAGCCCUGUUCAAGCGGCGAAUUCAGAACGCACUAAAGAAAGAGGCGGCCGUUAAGGUGAAUAUAGCAUUUGGUGGAGAAUUCGAGAUUGCUCAAGGCGAUAAGAUGAUCAAUGAAACGAAGUACUUUACUACUUCAAACUCAGCCAUAUAUCGGGACACGAAUCUUGAUGAAUGGUUCGAGAAAAAAGUAGUGGAGCCCAUCAGCCGAGACUUGGAAGAAUUCCAAGAACGUGAUUCCGGAUGGGCUCUAAAGGCAGUUGUUAACCUGGGGGUGAAUAUAAACAAAUUUACACCGCAACUUGGCUCCUCCUACAUUGAACUUCCUCCUCAGAUUAAGAGAAAAAAAGCAUGCGUAAAUGUCAAAAAUGAUGAUGAGGCAUGCUUUGCAUGGGCAAUUGUAUCGGCGUUAUAUCCUGCUACCAAAGAUGCUCAAAGAGUUUUCAAAUAUCCACACUAUUCUGAUGUAUUGAAAUUAAAAGGUAUUCAGUUUCCAAUGACCAUCAAACAAAUUCCUAACUUUGAAAAACAAAACAAUAUAUCCAUUAACGCAUAUAAUUUGAAAAAGGAGAAGAAGAACUAUACGACCCUCCCAAUCUUGCUAACAAAGAACAGAAAGGAUAAACAUAUAAAUCUUCUUCUGAUUCAAGAUAAUUAUGACGAGCCGCCUACUCAGUACCAUUACGUUUGGAUUAAAAAUUUAUCCCGCCUCCUUUCCAAGCAGCUUAGCACCGAAGAUGGAACAAAAUAUUUCUGUGAUGCCUGCCUGCAUUACUUUCGAUCACAGGAACAGUUAAAUGCUCAUAAGACAUGCUGCAAAGGUCGAUCAGAUGUUAUCUGUGAUAGGUGCUUACAACCGUUUUCAUCAUCAAAACAGCUUGAAGCGCACACCACCGAUUGCGUAAGAAUUAAUGAAACAGCCAUCAAACUGCCAGACGAGAGUAGAAAAAUGCUAAGAUUUAAGAAUUAUAGGAAUAAGAUUAAAGCCCCCUUCGCCGUAUAUGCAGAUCUCGAAAGUGCAUUGAAACGUACGGGAGAUCCUAAGAAGUAUCAGGAACAUAUUCCUGUAGCAGUUGGGUAUUUCUUCAAAUGCUCAUAUGAUGAUACUCUCUCUUUUUAUAACUCUUAUCGAGGAAAGGACUGCAUGAAAUGGUUUGCAGAUGAACUUAAUCAGCUUGCUGAGAAUGUAUCUACAGUGUUUAUGUGCCCCUAUGAUAUAAAUAUGACAUCUCAGCAGGAAAGAGAUUUUCAUGCUGCCACUCAUUGUCAUAUCUGCGAGCAGCGCUUCUCCCCCAGUGAUAAGAAAGUCCGAGACCACGAUCACAUGAUUCCUGAACAUAACUACAGAGGGGCGGCCCACGAAGGGUGUAACAUUAAUUACAAAGAUGCUCACACUAUCCCAGUGAUAUUUCAUAACCUUAGCGGGUAUGACGCGCACUUCAUUGUUAACGAUAUUGCUACGCAUAUCAAAGGUCCAGUAGAUCUUCUUCCUAUUACUAAGGAGAAAUAUAUCUCUUUUACGAAACAUAUCGAUCAUGCUCGAAUUAAAUUCCGUUUUAUCGAUAGUUUUCGAUUUAUGGCUUCUUCUCUCGAUAAGCUCUCUUCGUAUUUGACAGAAUAUCCUAAUCUCAACUCUCAAUUUUUAUCACUAUCUGAGGAGAAUUUCAAUCUUCUAACUAAGAAAGGUAUUAUGCCAUAUGAUUAUAUCGAUUCAUUCCAAAAAUUCAAUGAAACAUGUCUACCGCCCCAGGAAGCAUUUUACAAUAAACUUGAGGAUAAACCAUGUCCUCGUCGGCAUUAUCGUAGAGCCCAAGAUGUCUGGUCUUCAUUCUCCUGCUCCAAUCUCGGGGAUUAUAUCGAUUUAUACAUGAAAACGGAUAUUCUCCUUCUUGCGGACGUCUUUGAGCAAUUUCGAUCCAGUUGUCUUAAAACAUAUAAUCUUGACCCAGCUCAUUACUUUACUCUUCCCGGCUUCACAUGGGAUGCAAUGCUUAAGCAUACAAAACAGGAACUGGAGCUUUUAACAGAUCCAGAUAUGUUUUUGUUUGUGGAGCGUGGUAUUCGUGGUGGUUUGAGUCAAGUAUGCUCGAAACGUCGCGUCCACGCUAAUAACAAGUAUAUGGAAUCUUACGAUCCAUCAAAGCCCGACUCCUAUCUCAUGUAUUUCGACGUUAAUAAUCAAUAUGGCUGGGCAAUGUCGCAAUUCCUUCCGUAUGGAGGGUUCGAGUGGGUUGAUGCUAACAUCGAUGUUCUGUCCACACCUGACGAUGCUUCUGAAGGGUACUUCCUCGAGGUCGAUCUGGAGUACCCCCAACAUAUUCACGAUCGUCAUAAGGAUCUUCCGUUUUGCCCCCAAUCAUUGAACCCUAAAACUAUGCUUCCUCCUAAACGACCGCGAGAGCAAACCAAAUUAAUGGCUACCCUUCAUGAUAAAGAAAGAUACGUAAUUCAUUACAGAACUUUGAAGCAAGCGCUAGCACACGGAUUGGUGCUCAAAAAGAUUCACCGAGUCCUAAAAUUUAAGCAGAGUCCUUGGUUAAAAUCAUACAUUGACUUGAAUACAAAUCUCCGAAAGGCAGCGAAAAAUGAAUUUGAGAAAAAUCUCUUCAAGCUGAUGAACAACGCUGUGUUCGGCAAGACCAUGGAGAAUGUGCGCAAGCGCGUUGACAUUAAAUUGCUUACUGAAUGGGAGGGUCGUUACGGAGCAGAAGCUAGAAUAAGUAGUCCCCUAUUUAAGAAUGCUACUAUUUUUAAUGAAAACUUGGUAGCUGUCGAGAUGCAUAGAGCGGAAAUAUGGUUGGAUAAACCAAUAUACGUGGGCAUGAGUAUAUUGGAUUUGGCUAAAACCACGAUCUAUGAUUUUCACUAUGGGUAUUUAGAUAGAAGGUUUGGUGAGAACUUUACGACCUGCUAUACAGAUACCGAUUGUGAGAUCGUAGAGAUACGGGAAAAAGAUCCCUAUGAAGCUGUGAAAACAGACUGCCACAAGUAUUUCGAUACAUCUGACUAUCCUAAAGACAAUAUGUAUGGCAUCCCCCAGGUUAAUAAAAAAGUACUUGGACUGAUGAAGGAUGAGAAUAAUGGAUGCAUUAUGACAGACUACAUAGGGCUCAGAUCUAAAUUAUAUACAACAAAAGUAGCUAUCACAGAUAAUGAUAUAAUGAAACUGAGGGGAAAGUUAAUAGAUCAGGAGUAUGAGGACGAUGAGAUUGAAAUACUUAUUAAAAAUUAUGGUGUGACAAAGAAGGCGAAGGGGGUUAAAAAAUCUGUUGUAAAGACUAAAAUUACCUUCGAAGACUAUGUCGAGUGUUUGGAUACCUUUACAACUAAGACAGCCUCGCAGAAUCUUAUACGCUCUGAUAAACACCACGUAUAUACAAUUACACAAAGCAAGAUUGCUCUUAGUCCCACUGACGAUAAACGAUAUCACCUUCCGGAGUCUUAUGAUACGCUACCGUGGGGACACUAUCUAGUUGAUAAUCUUAAGAUGGAUGUUGAUUAGAUUUAACACAAAUCAGGAUUACAAUAAGCCAGCCAUAUUUUAUCAUUUAUCCUUGAUGAUCUGAUUGCCUUUAAGAUUGAUGUUGAUUGAAUAUAGUCAUUUUUUAAACUUUAUUACAACCACAAUAUACAUCUGAAUCAAACAAUUUUUUUAUUAUAUUCCUCUUAUCAUCCUUUAAUAUCACUCAUUAUUUUAAUGUCAUUAAAUAUUAUUUAGUUGAUUGAAUAUAGUCAUUUAUCAAACUUUAUUAUUACAGCUAACAUAAUGCUAUAUAUAUCUGAAGCAGGCCCUUUUAUUAUAUUCCUUUGCUCAGCCUUUCCUACAUUCAUCGUUUUUAUAUAAUAUGAUAAUUGUACUAGAUCAUAGUUAUGCAUCUCAAAAUUAAGUAAAAUUAUUAAGAUUAGCACAUAUAAAAAAAAAGAUGUUUAGUUAUGACCACUAAAAAGAUAUCUGAUAUGGACCAAAAUAACUGGCAAAUUAAUGAGCCGUUCUGGUUAACUCUAGAACCGUUGCUCGUGUAGCCUCCAAGUUAAGACGAUCGAUAACUUAAUGGUCUUCUUUUUCCCCGAUUUAGUUUUAAGUCUUCGAUAGCCUGUCACAAAACAGGAGUCGGAAAAAUACCUAGUUUUAAGAUUAGAUAACCUAGAGCUACCGCAUUUACCCUCAAUAAUUCAUUUUGAAUACUAUAGUAUCUAAUGAAUUAGAAUUAACACCAAAGUUUCGAUGUUUUAACAUUAAUAUGAAUAAAAGAUGUCCAACAGAUCAAUAAAAAGAUGUCUACUAAACCAAGUUAGAUAAUAAUGUGCUUAUCUUAGUAUGUAAGUUAAGUAUAUGGCUAUCAUUAAAUAUAUUGUCAUAUAAUGUAAAAUAAUUCAUUCCUACUAACCAUCAACUCUACUAACAUGGCGGUCGAUGUAGUCGUACCUUCACGUUGGUGACUGCUGUUAAGAACAUAUUUUUGUUUUUUUUUUUUUAACAAAUUUAUGUUCGACCGAAUUGACUACUUUUCAUUCAUUGCAUGCUAACAUCAUUUUUAUAUGUCAAAUCUUAUCAUGUAGCACCUCAAAUUAUAGGAUUUAGAAUGUCAAAUUACGUUGUGAUGUCUGUUUUAACACCAUGUCAUGUAUAACGCCCUUUUGACACAUUAUCGUUUAUUAUUUGCCUGAUAUG